AUGGACGUCGACGAGCCGUCCCCGCCGCCUGCAAAACGUCUAAAGACGACUCGAGAAAGAGCAACCAAGCAGCAUUCAAAACAGAGCAUUUUCGCCCCAUUUCGCGCCUUGGGUCUGGUGACGAACCAUGUGCCCUUCGCCGUGCAGCUUCGCUCCUACAAAGGGUCGACAGAAGGGCCUCAGAUACACAUAUUGACGUGCAUUGGUCAGAGCUGGCUUCUCUGGGAAGGGGGGAAGAUGAGGCUGCUGUUCGUUGGUCAGGAAGCUCCGUUACCGCUCAGUGCGGUCGCAUUCGACGCUGUGGAUGGGGACUACAUCUGGGCAGCUGCUGGUCCGCAUCUGAUCAAAUAUUAUCGCGGCAAAGAGGUUACUCGGAUCACCAGCCCAGAAGAGGUUAAUAUCUCUCAAAUUCUCUGCUUUGGCUCGCAGAUCCUCGCACUUUCAGAAGAUGGAUCAAAAUUGUUCAUAUGGCACACCCCUGCAAAUGAGCUAUAUACAACGAUCGAUUUCCCGCCCGAUUUCACAGCCACGCAUCUGCUACAUCCGGCCACCUACUUAAACAAGGUUUUGAUCGGUUCUGCGCAGGGUGCCUUGCAACUAUGGAACAUACGCACUCGAACGCAUCUAUUCACAUUCCCGUCUUCUCGCUUUUCAUCCGCAGUGGGGUCACACGCCGUGACUUGUCUGGUCCAGUCCCCCGCUGUCGACGUCGUUGCCAUAGGCUUCUCAUCUAGCCAAGCGAUAGUCUACAACAUCCGAACCGACGAGUCUAUUAUGAAGCUGAGCAUGGCGAGCGGUGGUAUUCGUGCAAUGGCAUUUCGUUCAGACAACGAGCCAAUACUGGCUACUGCUUCUUCUACCGGUCAAAUAGCGACCUGGGACUUAUCUAAGUCUGCACGACUGGUUCAUUUGUCCCGGAUGGCGCAUGGGGCUGGGGUGACAGCGCUCUAUUUCGUCCCUGGCCAGCCGCUUCUUCUGAGCGCCGGGGAGGAUAACAGUGUUAAGCAAUGGCUGUUUGACUCACCACUGGCCCCUCCUCGAUUUCUCAAAGGUCGCAGCGGGCACAGUCGUUCCCCGCAUCUCGUUCGCUACUACGGUCAUGAUGGGAAGAAUAUUCUCACUGCGUCCGCCGACCGCUCCCUUCGAUGCGUCUCCGUCGUGCGGGACUCGCGAAGCUUUGAGCUGUCCCAAGGCUCGAUCGAGAAGAAGGCGUCUGCGAUGCAUAUAUCCGCCGAUGAGUUUAAGCUCCCUCCUGCGAUUGCGAUCAGCUGGUCAGAAACGCGUACCAAAGAUUGGGACGAUAUUAUGACCGGGCAUGGGGAAGCCGGUGCUCGGAGUUGGUGGCUGCUGGAGAAGCGGAUAGGCAAGUUUUCCUUUGGAGCUGGGAACAGAGGUAGCGGCCCGAGCGUGAGUGGGGUCAGGGCGGUGUGCGUAAGCGCAUGUGGGAACUUUGGCCUGGCGGGCACAGAGGAUGGGAGCGUGGGGAUGUGGAAUUUACAGAGCGGGAUUCUAAGGAAGUCGUUCGACUUGACCAAGCCCGUGAAGGGGGAAAAGAAGAAGAAGGCAAAGGAAUCGGAAAAGAUUGUUACGGGCAUCGUCACAGAUGCGCUGAACAGAAUGGUUGUCGUCUCGACAUUGGCUGGGACUCUCCAUUUCUUCGAUUUCUAUACCACGGAGCCGCAAGCAGUGGUCACCCUACCGAGUGCUGCAGUUUCGGUUGUCUUACAUCGUGGAAACAACAUGCUGGCUGUUAAUUGUGAAGACCUCGUCGUACGAAUACUGGACAUUGAGACGCGACGGACCGUACGCGAGUUGCGGGGUUUCAAGGGGAAGGUUUUGGACUUGGCAUUCUCUCCGGAUUCAAGAUGGCUUAUUACCACCUCACUCGAUUCCAUCAUCCGUACAUUCGAUAUACCCUCUGGAUGUCUCAUCGAUGCGUUCAGAGUCAACAGCAUUGCGACCAGCUUGUCCUUCUCUCCUACGGCAGACUUCCUUGCUACCUCCCACGUUGACAGUGUUGGGUUGUACCUGUGGACGAAUCGUGCACAAUUCACAGAGGUUAUCACGAAAAGUGUGCAAGAAGAUGAGAUUGUUGAGCUUAAUCUCCCAUCGAUGCAAGGCGUCGAUGAGGCGGAGGGUCUCGAGGCUCUUGAAGGCGAAAUUCUCCCGCCGUCCGACAUCUACGCCACACCACAGCAACUUGCUGACGGCCUCGUCACGCUAACCCUGCUGCCUCAUUCACGAUGGCAGACAUUGCUCAACUUGGAGACGAUCCAACAACGAAACAAACCAAAAGAGCCUCCAAAACCUCCUGAGAAAGCACCGUUUUUCCUGCCGACGCUGCCAGGGACCGAGCAGAGGUUUGCGCUGGAUGCGCAAGCACCUGACAAGGGUACUGGAAAGAUGCAUCUAAACAGAGGCGUGCUGGCGUCGGUGGAGAGCGAGUUUGUGAGAAAGCUCCUGGAGGAGGACAACAAUGGAAAGUAUGAGUUGUUCUUCAAUUACGUCAAAGCCCUCUCGCCUGCCGCAAUUGACCUAGAGCUCCGUUCGCUCUCGUCCACAAAACACCUCGUCCUCUUCAUUCAUGCGCUGACACAACGAUUAUCCACGCAUCGUGACUUUGAAGCAGUGCAGACGUUUGUCGACGUCUUCCUGCGGAUACAUGGCGAUGUCCUGAUCGUGAACGAGGAGACGAUGGGGCCGCUGCAAGAGUUGGCAGAGGUGCAGAAGAGGGAAAGUGAGAGGGUGCUCGAGCUGAUCACUUCUAGUCUUGGUACAUUAUCGUUCGUCCGGCAGGUCGCAUAA